AUGGAUGGUGACUGCAAGAACAACAACUCCCACUUGAAGAAUUCAUGGAAUCGUCUCACGCGCGACUCGGUACCAUACGCCUCCCAUUACUGUGAGGAAAACACAUAUAGGCUUAUUGAGGUCUUGUAUAGUGAGUAUGCACUUCCUGAUGACAAUAUUUUUGCCGUCUUUGUGAGCAACAAGCGCAAAGCAGUACCUGUGUGGAUGCAGCGUCUUGGCGGAAAAGGUGGGCAGGAUCCGGUUCUGUGGGACUAUCAUGUUAUUGCCCUCAUGCUGGACACAGCGGGCAAAUGGUGGAUGUGGGACUAUGACACCACCCUAGCUUAUCCUUCUCCAGCAGAAGACUAUGUCAUGGAGUCCUUUCGACCGGACAUGCAGAUAGGGGAAGCGUAUAGACAGUGGUUUCGCGUCAUCCCUGGACGUACAUACUUGGCGAGGUUUUCAUCAGAUCGUUCACAUAUGGUGACAUCGGGGGUUCCUUUACCGCCGUGGCCCAUUAUUCAGAGCCCUUUGGCUGCUACGGUCAUGCAACUUCCUUUCUAUUGGAAUAUGGCUCCAGAGGAUGAGGAGAGCAAGGAAGUUGGUGCGUCAGUGCCAGAGUGUUAUGGGAGCGUGAUGGACAUAAAACAGUUUAUGGGUCUCAUAUCUAACGAUUAA